AGCCGCACAUUUUGAACAAAAUCCAGUUUGGUUUCGGUAGGUGCACCGUAUUUACAUUGUUACACCGGUUACCGGAGUGAUGCACGCACCAUUUCCGGUAGAUAGGUACACUUCGUUGAAAAUGUUCACGCAACCGAGUGUCUUAUGCACAAGUGUGCGGUAUGAAAGUAAAUUUGAAAGUUUGUGCGAAGAAAUGGAUUAGACCUCUGUUUGGAAAUGAGAGCUAAUAUGCUAAUUAACGUAAUUACCGAGGUGGUGACAAUUAAGAACCGGGUGGAUUUAGACUUUAGCUACCAAAUUACAUAAACGGAUUCGGUGAUGAUGUCUACCGGAAGGAGGAAUCUCAUCGACGGGCAUAGAAGUUUCUUCAGAAUAAAAGUUCGUUUAAAAUUUUCGAGUGUGUUCCUGUUCUUUAAAAUAGUGUGCGUGUUGUACGCGUUUCAAGGGUGCAUUUCCGGAGUACUGUGCAAUAGACCCCCUCGAUUUUUAAUAGAUGGGCAGACGGAAAUUGUAAUAAGACUUAAAGAGGGUAGUGACACUCCUGUUGGUUCUGUUAUAUACAAGCUUCAUGCCAUCGAUCCAGACGGCGACAAUUUGAAAUUUGGUGUAAAACAGCAAUCUGGAAGUGAAGUAAUUAGGGUCGAAACGACGUCCGCAAACGAAGCUAAUGUAUACCUGAACCAAGAAUUAGAUCGAGAAGUACGCGACGAAUACGCAAUAGUACUCACCUUAACAGAUGGCCGUCUUGGAAGCGGAAACUAUGUCACCCAAAGUCUAUUGCUGCUGGUAGAGGAUGUUAACGACAACGUUCCCAUUUUUAAACCGUAUCAGUCGACCAUAAUUCUGCCGGAAGACUCCUCGCCUGACGUUAUAGCAACUCUUCAAGCGACCGAUGCCGACGAAGGUGCUUAUGGACAGGUGGUUUACCAUAUGCAAGGGAGCCAGUCUUUAUUUUCCAUCAGUACAGUUUCCGGGAGCGCUGUAUUGCGUUUAAUCGGUAGUUUGGACUAUGAAAAGCAAAGUCUGCACCAGCUCAAAGUUUUAGCGAUCGACAGAGCGAAACAAGGAAGAGUGAAUACUGGUACCGCAGCAUUGGUGGUGAAAGUUCAGGAUGUUGACGAUCAACCACCUGAAUUUGUCCGAGUGCAAUCCGUUGCACGAGUGUCUGAGGAUGCUCCGAUUGGUACUUCAGUUCUGCAAGUGAAAGCUGUCGAUGGGGAUAGAGGGAUUAACAAUAUAAUAUCAUAUGCACUAACUUCGAACGACAUCUCCCCUGCACUGGCAGAGUUGUUUGCGAUCGAGGAGCAUACAGGUGUAGUUUAUACAAAAUCAAAACUUGAUAGGGAGGCGCUUACAUCAAAUUCUGGAGCGUAUAUUUUGCAAAUUAUGGCUGUGGAGCAGAACAGCCGGCUUGAUCCACAACCAAGCGCUGUGACAGAAGUGACAGUGAUGAUAACGGACGUUAACGAUGAGAAACCGCAGUUUCGAAAUUCUCACUACGAAUGCGAAGUUUCCGAAAAUGUGCCGAACAACACUCCCCUAUUAUUUUCCCCCAAUUUUACACCGGAGGUGUACGAUCGCGAUCAGGGAAACAAUGGCACCUUUAUAUUAAGCAUUGAAGGCGCUAAUAAUAUUUUCGAAGUGAUGCCGAGGAAAAUUAUAAACGAGGCAACUUUCACUAUUCGUGUCAGAAAUUCUAGUCAUUUAGAUUUCGAGCAAUUGACAAUCAUAAAUUUCACACUGGUGGCAAAGGAGGUUGUUGCGGAUGAUCCCCACAUGGCGAAAGUUCCCGUUACCGUCUUCAUUCGUGAUCAAAACGAUAAUUAUCCGGAGUUCACACAAGAGUUGUAUGAGAUUUCCAUUCCGGAAAAUUCUGAAGCUGGAACAACAGUUGCAUGGGUCCAGGCAUUGGAUGACGACUCUGAGAAUUAUGGUACCCGUGGGAUACGGUAUACAAAUUUAGCUGGAAGCAUUCAACAUAUGUUACACUUGCAUCCGGUAUCUGGCGUAAUAACAAUAAAAGAAGCAGGUGGUCCAAACUGGGAUAGAGAACAAGUUUCGAGGCAUUAUUUAACGGCGGAAGCACGAGAUGAUUUAGGCAAAGGAAAUCGAAAUUCCGUACAAUUAAUUAUUAAUUUGGAAGAUGAGAAUGACAAUCCCCCCUUGUUCUCUCGGGGAUACUACGAAGCACGCAUAUCUGAAAACGAAGAUGAUUUCGAGCAUCCGCUUCGAAUUGAGGCUCGAGAUUCUGACUUGAACGGGACCAAAAACAGCGAAAUAGAGUACGUGCUCUUUGGCGACUUUAAGCACAAUUUUUCAAUAAAUACAGUCACGGGAUUAAUAAAACCCAAACGAGCGUUUGAUUUUGAAGAGUUAACUGGUUCUGCAGACGAACACGUGAGACCACUACAUCUCACAAUAAGAGCCAAAGAUUGUGGUACACCGAGUCUUGCAUCUGACGUUCCCUUAAUAAUAUAUGUUCACGACAUCAAUGACCACAAACCUUACUUUGAGUACUCGUUUUAUAACACAACCAUACCAGAAACAGCAUCGGGAGGAACACACGUCUUGCAGGUGCAUGCAAUUGAUUGGGAUGGAUCUACCCCAAACAAUAAAGUGAUCUACCGAAUACAAGGUGGUGCUUUUGAUAAGUUUAUUAUAGAUUCGGAAAGUGGUGUUAUAUCAGUGGCACCUGGAGCAUCCUUAGAUCCUGAUUUGAAUCAUCCUCGCCGGAUGCUUUAUUCGUUACUGGUUGCUGCCUUAGAUAGUGCCCCAGGAGAUGCACAACUUUAUUCAACGGUUACCGUAAAUAUUACUAUAUCUGAUGUAAACAAUAAGCCGCCCACGCUAUCCAUCCCUUCAACUUUGAAGUUACGAGAGGAUAUACAGGUUGGCAGCAUCGUAACCAAGCUAGAAGGUCAAGAUCUGGAUACAUCUGCAUCUUUGCGAUAUACCCUAGACCCACUUAGGUGUGAAGCAAAAACGGAGUAUGGAGUGUCUUUGUCGGCUGCGGAGUACAACUGCCUUAGCAUCUUUAAGGUCGGCCAAUUCGACGGCUCACUAGUAAUUGCGAAACCAUUAGAUCGAGAAGUGGCGGAGCAGUUCUACUUGGGCGUCCUAGUUGAAGAUAUCGCAUCUGAAACGGACCUACAACAAACUAAAGCUUCUCUGACAAUUGAAGUGUUGGAUGUAAAUGAUAAUAAUCCCAAGUUUCGUAAGUCCCAUUAUCGCUUUACUGUUACGGAAAACAGUAAAAAUGGCGUUGUUGUUGGGAAUGUCAUCGCCGACGAUUUAGACAAAAAUAAAUCUAUAACGUACUCAUUGGAAGGGUCGGCUCAGUUGCUCGAAUUCCUUCAUUUAGAUUCUAACUCUGGAGAACUGGUUGUUGCCAACAAAAUUGAUCAUGAAGCGUAUCAAUGGUUGAAUUUAACGGUAAAAGCUGUAGAUUCCGGGUUACCACGGCGUUCUAGCCGAGUAGAGCUUUACGUUCAAGUAUUAGAUGAAAACGACAACAACCCAUAUUUCUUGCCGGAACCCAAAGAGCUGAUAGUUACUGAAAGUAUAUCAAUCGGGGAAACCAUCGGAACCGUCCAAGCCCACGACUUGGAUUCUGGGGACUUCGCGAAGAUAACGUACUUACUCGACAGAGUUAGCUCUCAAGGAAAAUUUUCCAUCAAUCCAGAAACUGGUGAAAUCAAGGUGGCCGAUUUUUUAGAUCGCGAAACAAAAAGCUCGUAUUUCCUCAUUUUGGAAGCCUGGGAUAAUUACCAGUACGGUUACUAUAACUCCGAAAGUCGAAAUGCGUUUAAACAUGUUAAUGUGACAAUUUCUGAUGUCAAUGAUAACACUCCCAAGUUGCACUUGCCAUCAUCGUGCGUGAGUGUUACCGAAUUUCACGAACCGCUACAGCCAAUCACAACUAUCCAAGCUUCAGACGAUGAUGAUCCCUCAACGGUAAAUGGGCAAGUUAUGCUUGACAUCUCCGAUGGAAACCUGUACGAUACUUUCGAACUACAGCAAAUAGACAGGUGGUCGGCACAUCUACACUCCUUAAAACCGCUAAAAGGACAACACGGAAAUUACACAAUCACAAUACGCGCCCAGGACUUGGGGCAUCCCAGUCUUUCAGCUGAAGCACCAUUACAACUUUGCAUUACAGAUUAUAAUGACCACGCGCCCUUUUUUGUAACGCCUCCCCACAACUCAACUUUAAAAGUUCCCGAGAAUGCCACUGUUGGAAGCGCUUUAAUAAAAAUUGUUGCAAUUGAUGAUGACGUUGGUGGAAAUGGUGCUGUACGAUACCGGUUAAAAACUGACCCAGCUGGUCACUGGAAAGCAUUUAAUCUGCAACCCGUAUCGGGAAUCCUUGAACUUCGACUACCUUUGAACAGAAAGAAACAGAAAAUUUACGAUAUUCGAAUAGAAGCUUACGAUUUAGGAGAGCCAUCGCUAAGCUCCGAUCUCGAUUUAACAAUCUACAUCAGUAAUAUCGACGAUUAUCGCCCACAAUUUACCACGGACGACUUUUUCCUAAAUUUCACAGAAAACGAGCAAACUGGGGUUGAAAGUUACAAGUUGCCCGAUACAAUAGACAGAGAUGAGCUUGAAUUCGAAGGUCCAUUUGCUCCCAUUUGUUACCAUAUCGUUGGAGGAAAUGAGGAAGGAUUGUUCAACUUACAUGCAACUUCACACGAACUAACCGUGAAUACUCCACUUGAUCGAGAAAGGAGGGACACUCAUGUACUUCUCGUUCAAGCAACCGAGGAUUGUGCGUCACCCCCAACAAACCUAACUCUCUUUGAUCCUCACGACGACACUUUGCUGAAAGUAUCCGUUAAAGUGUUAGAUAUCAACGACAAUGCGCCGGUUUUUAGACAUCGAAUUUUUACGGGAGGUGUUAGUACCGCUACAGACUUUGGCACAGAUUUUAUGACUAUCAUUGCCGACGACCUAGAUGAGGGAAUUAACUCAGAGUUGUCGUACUAUCUAAUAGGGAAAAUACGCAUGACACUAACAGAAGGUUUGGAAAAUUUAGGUACGCACCCCUUUUUGGUUGACCGGUUAACGGGAAACGUACAACUUAAUUUUGAUCCGCAACAAGGGAUGAAAGGGUAUUUUGAUUUUAUGGUACUUGUAAACGACACAGGAGGGCUGGAAGAUAGAGCGCACGCAUUCAUUUAUUUACUCCGAGAAGACCAACGCGUCAGGUUCGUGCUUCGACAGCACGCUGCCGAAAUCAGGAACCACAUGGAAGCUUUUCGAGAGGUUUUAGGCAAUGUAACUGGAGCAUUUGUCAACGUCGACGAAUUAAAAGUUCAUACCAACCACGACGGCACUGUAGAUAAAACUCGUACAGAUGUUUAUCUACAUCUGGUAAAUAGGCGCGAUAAUUCGAUUUUGGAGGUGGAUGAGGUCUUACGAUUAAUUGAUCAAAACACAGAGAAGCUGGAUUAUUUGUUUAAAGAGUUCAAUGUUCUUGAUACACAACCUGGAGGAAGUUACGCUUUGAUCUCUACAAGAAACCCAACGGAAAGCGUAUUUUGGUUAACAGCGAUGUCUCUGUUUCUGCUACUUCUGUUGCUUCUAUGCUUAGCUCUCUGUAUAAAUCAACGACAUACGUACCAAAGGAAGUUGAAGGCAGCUACUGCUACAGCUUAUGGUGGAGAUUCUGAAAUUGACGAUCGCGGAGUAAGCGCUUUAAGCGGACGGGUACCGAAUACUAACAAACACAGUAUGGAAGGUAGCAAUCCCAUUUGGCUGCAGGCUUAUGAAAAUGAAUGGUAUAAAAGUGACGAAUUAAGCUGUCAGGGAACUGAUCGAGACUCUCUAGACGAAAAUGUUGUCAGUGGAAGUGGAGACUCAACUUGCUGCAUUAAUAAUGCGCAUGACCAGAUCAUCAAUUGCAUUCAAAAUGUGUAUCAAACGCUACCACCGAUUCCUCCACCUCGAAAAUUGGAAACAACUGAAUUGUGAUCUGUCAAUAAAAUAAUACUUAAACGUAAAUGAUACAACGACAUGUAGAGUUAGGAUUUAAAGCUUGUAUAUAUUGAUAACCGUAUGUAUAUUUCAACAAUACCAAAGAAAAGUCAUUUGAAUAAACUAGUAC